AUGGCCAGCCUGACUACCAUGGAAAGGCUGCUCCUCUUCCACAAGCUUGAGAGCGACUUGUUCCACCGUCUAGUGCAUGAACUUGCCCAAGACCCAGCGACCAUGCAGUGGGUGAUCGCGCUAUGGCUCUGGUUCGAGUCCGCUGGCCACCAUGAUUUCAUCCGUCGUGUUGCUGCAUUGCCAGGCCCCGUUGUGCUGCGGUUCGUCGAGGAGGCAAUUGCAUGCCUCCGUUGCCUCACCAACUUGGGCCAGGGGGCCACAGCCGACGCUAAUGACAACCGUGACAGGCGCCUACCCUGCACAAAUGCACUCCUGAGCAAGCCCAUCGACGACGUGGGCUACUUCCAAGGUCGCCGUGAGGUCUUGGAUGACAUCACUCAUCAGUACAGGAGCAUCUGCCUCGCCAUCUGCGAUGCUGGCAACAGCUCCACUUCCAUGCCAAGAAACAUAGGCAGUGUGCACGCUUCCCCACUGAUGGUCAGGUCCUCUGUUUUCCCCACCCCAAGAGUGGCACCCUUGCCACUAAACCCAAUGGCAGCACCCUUCCCACUAAACCCCAUGGCGUCCCCAUGGAUCCCGGUGCAAAGCCCCCCGCCGGACGACUAUCGAUCCCUAUUCAUCACCUUCUCCAAAGGCUACCCCAUCAGCAGGGAGGACAUCAUGGAGUUCUUCAACUCGAUGUUCGGGCCGUGCGUGGAGACCGUGAUGGUUGAGAAUGUGGCGCCGGGACAGCAGCCGGUGUACGGGCGGGUGGUCCUGCGCAGCCCAGCGAUGAUCCCGGUGGUGCUGGAGGGGGAGGAGACAGCCAAGUUCAUGAUCAAAGGCAGGCAUCUCUGGGCCAGGAUGUACAUCCCAAGCUCCAGGCUCUCCGACGCCUGA